AUGGACAUAGAAAACGACUACUUCCUCGUUUGGCUACGAACACGCUCAGAUUUCUUGACUGCCCUCUCCGAUGGCCCAUGGACAAUCUUUAGAUAUUACUUAACCGUUGAACCAUGGUCGCCGAAUUUUACCUCAUCACAAUUAUUCCCUAGCAGAAUUGUGGCGUGGAUUCGCCUUCCGGGAUUACCGGUAACCCUCUAUAAACGCAGCCUUAUUGUUGAAAUUGGUGAAUGCAUUGGAAAGGUUGUUAAAAUUGAUUAUCAAACGGAAACUGGUCAUCAAGGACGCUUUGCAAGAAUGGCGGUGAAUGUGGACCUGAAAAAACCGUUAACCUCGAAGCUUCUAAUCAAUGGGCGCAUUCAGAUUGUUGAAUACGAAUCACUGCCUACAAUCUGCUUCUCAUGUGGUCAGUAUGGACAUGUAAAUGAUAUCUUCCCAGAUAAAAUUAUUGUCGACCAGCAUGAUUCAAAUGACCCAAAGGAUCAAAUAAGUGAACCACAAUUAUCGACUGCCAAUCAAAGCUCUGAACCAUUUGGACCAUGGAUGGUUAUUGAGCGAAGACAACAGAAAAGCAAUAAAAAACCUCCAGCAGAUAAAAGACAAAAUCUAGAGAACAAUGGUUCACAUUUUAAUCCUCUUUAUGAAUCAGCUGAUGAUGUUACAAUUGUUUCAUUUGAAAAUCAAGCUACAUAUACCAACAAAGUUACUCACACGCAAAAUACUGCUCAGACUCCUCAUGCUCAUCAUGCUUCUCAUGGACCGAAUGUCUCUCAUGCUUCCCACGCGACUAAUUCUCUUUCCUCAGCUAAUCACGCACAAUCCAGCAAAAGCAACUCCAGCAGUCAACAUACUGCAAAAAACAAGAUGGUCACUCUUUCCCGUAAACCACUAAUAAUCCCCAAGAUCACUGCUAGAUCUUCGAAAGGAAGCCCAAGUCAAUCCAGUAACCAACCCCGCCAAAGCAAUGUUGAACCACGUGUUACCAUAUUGGAUAGGUCGAAACAUUCGACCAUCGUUCUAGCAGAGAAUACAAAUCCAAACAUUAUUGAUGACGUGAACUUGCAAGUCAUGCACAGAACCACCCAACACAAAUCCAUACCACGAGAACCACCCGAUACAAACCAACUUCAUUCGAGUGAAGCAUUUUCUAAAAGACCAGAAGCCGAUCCUACUAGUCCUGCUCAACGAGACGAUGCCACGCAGAAUAUUUGCAUUGACAGCCAAACGGUUCCCAUACUGGAAUGA